UCUAGAAAGGGGCGGGACUUGGCUCGCGUAGGUAGCGCCGCCACCGCAGUCACCGCUGGUGUCGCGGACGCUCUGUCUCUGCCCCACUGAGAAGAUGACCGUGGGGAGGCGUGCGGGAGCCUCGGGCGGCGCUCGGAGCCUUCAGAUAUUUCCCCCCAAAUCCUCCUCAGACACAGAGGCAGAAGAGGAGCUGUCUGGGGAUGGGCUGUUUUUGCCUAGGACUGGCAAACUUGAUGAGUUCCUCAGCCUGGAGGAGACAGAUUCUACUUCUGCUGACUCAACUGGGAGCUUUUACGAGACCCUGCAAGCACUGAUGCAGAAAGGCAGGUGGUGCCUGUCAGAAUCCCUUCAUCAGUCUGACCCAGACAGUGAUGAGAGCCUCUCUGAAGAUGAUGAGGACCUGGAGAGUUUCUUCCAGAACAAAGGCGGGGGGAAGCCGCAGGUCCAGUACCCACCAUCGCCAAGGUGUGGCUACACAAGGCGCUGCAGCUCCCUGAGCAACCUACCCUCCGACAUUCCCAAAGUUCAGUCCCAGCCACCCACAGGCUCCAGGCCUCCUUCCCAGCACAGAAGUCUCAGCUCCUGGGCAUCCUCCAUCACUGUUCCUCAGCCGUUCCGUAUGACGGUGCGUGAGGCCCAGAAAAAGGCCCAGUGGCUGGCCUCACCUGCCUCCUUCGAGCUUGAGAGGCAGCAGGCCCAGAGGCAGGGCCAGGAGGAGGCCGAGUGCCACCGGCAGUUCCGAGCACAACCCGUGCCUGCGCAUGUCUACCUGCCCCUCUACCAGGAAAUCAUGGCGCGCAAUGAGGCCCGAAGGCAGGCAGGGAUCCAGAAGAGGAAAGAACUGCUCCUCUCCUCUUUCAAACCCUUCAGCUUCCUGGAGAAGGAGCAGCAACGGAAGGAAGCCGCUCAACAGAGGGAACUGGCCGCCAGUGCGAAGGCCAAGGCCCCCAAGCCGACUGCCACUAGAAGGAUCCCCAGGUCCAUUCUGGAGCCAGCUCUCGGGGACAAACUCCAGGAAGCUGAGCUCUUCAGGAAAAUUCGCAUCCAAAUGAGAGCCAUGGACAUGCUCAAGAUGGCCUCCUCCCCCAUCAUCUCCUCCAGUUGCAGGGCCGACCCACAGCUCCGCACAGCCGCCCGAACCUGGCAGGAAAAGCUUGGGUUUCUGCAGACUGACUUUGGAUUCCAGCCUCGGGUGAAUCCUGCUGUCCCUGAUUAUGAGGGCCUUUACAAGGCCUUCCAGAGAAGAGCUGCAAAGAGAAGGGACACCCGAGAGGGGACUCGCAACAAGCCCUUCUUGCUGAGAACCGCCAGCCUGUGUCACACUCGGCGGCCCUGUGAUGCUGCCGCCACCGGAGGGAGGAAGGACUCUCCACAGCCACCUGCUACUCCCCGGCCAAGGAGUCAUUCUCUGAGUGGCCUUGCUUCCCUCUCUGCCAACACCCUACCUGUGCACAUCACAGAUGCCACCAGGAAGCGGGAAUCUGCAGUCAGAAGUUCACUUGAAAAAAAGAACAAAGCACAUGAGAGUACUCAGUGGUUGGAGAUGCAUAAAAAGAAGUGUCAAGCAAUGUCCAAAUCCGUGACCUUGCGCGCAAAAGCCAUGGAUCCCCACAAAAGCCUGGAGGAGGUAUUCAAAGCAAAGUUGAAAGAAAACCGGAACAAAGACCGUAAGAGAGCAAAAGAGUAUAAGAAAGAAUUGGAAGAAAUGAAGAGGAGAAUACAAACGAGGCCGUAUCUCUUCGAACAGGUUACCAAGGACCUUGCCAGGAAAGAAGCAGAACAAAGGUAUCAAGACACCCUGAAGCAGGCUGGGCUGGAUGAAGACUUUGUGAGGAACAAGGUCCAGGGCACCAGGGCUGCACAGUGGAAGGCGCAGUUAGAAGUGCACGAUUGUCCCAGCACCCAUGAAACUACAAAACUCGGCAUCAGAAAUCCACAGCAGGAUUUAGAAGAACCUCUAGAGCAGCCUACCAGCCCCAAGAAAGAGCAGGAGGAGCUGUCUUAUGAACUGCUAGAUAAUCUCGAAUCACCUGCCUAACCAGUAGACUUCAUUACUGCUUUUCAAUAAUAUUAAGCAACUAAGGUUGAAUCAAGGCAAGGAAAACUUGGGUUUUGAGUCAUGGCUAUUCUUGGAGAAUGGGGAAAAGAAAAGUAGCAGAUAACAGGGAAUGGUUCAGGUAAAUCAAAGUGAAGCUCAGGGUGGAGGGAUCAUAGCCGAGCUAAGGGGUCUUACUUUGUGCCUCACAAUUAAACAUUAGGGACAGAAAAAAAGGCACAGGCCCAAAUGCCUACAGAGGCUAGUCAGAAAAUAAAUGGGUUGAAUGGGCUGGCUGUAAGGGAGUAGGGGAAAAUAGAGACUGGAGUCUCUGCUGGAAUACAGGCCCAGAAUUGCCAGAUCAACUGCCUUUUCAACAGAAGCCAGAAAUCUGCAUGUUGUCACCUAAUUUAAAAAUUACUUGGAAAUAUUGUACAGGCAAAAUAAAACACCUGGGGGAUGACAAGUUUGCAACUUCUAGCACGGGGUUUCUCAGCCUCAGCACGAUUGACAUUUUGGGCCAGAUGCAUCUUUGCUGGGUGCGGGGACAGGGAGCUGUCCUGUGCACUGUGGGGUGUUUAGCAGCAUGCUGGCCUCAACUCACUAGAUGCCAAUAACACCCCUCCAGUUGUGACAACCAAAAAUGUCUCUAGAUAUUGCCAGAUGUCCCUAGGAGAGUUGGGGGCAAAAUGUUCCCAGUUGAAAACCGCUGCUCUAGUAUAAGAGUGAGGCUACAGGAAGUAAAAACUGGCAUUUUAAGAAUACAAGUAAUUGACAUGAACUCAAUCUACAUAGCACAAUAUGAUUAUAUACAUGUCAUUAACAAAUUGAGAACUAUAAUUA